GCCGCUUCUUCUUCCUCCCACCAACACAUUUCGCUUUGCAUAACAGUUGCAGUCAAUUGUUUAGUUAAAUUAAAUCAAUUAAAAUGUCCAAGGCGGCUGGCAAACUGAAGUCCCUGAAGAAGACAGUGGAACGCGUGACGCACACGAGCAAGCUGAAGACGAAUAUUCCCGCGGGCAUGGCCGCUGCAGGACCGCCAUUGGGUCCCAUGUUGGGACAGAGAGCCAUCAACAUAGCCGCCUUUUGCAAGGACUUCAACGCCAAGACUGCGGAAAUGAAGGAGGGCGUGCCGCUGCCCUGCCGCAUAUCCGUGAACAGCGAUCGCAGCUACGACCUGGUCAUCCAUCAUCCGCCGGCCACCUUCUUCCUGAAACAGGCGGCGGGUAUCCAAAGGGGCACCAUGACGCCCGGCAAGGAGGUCGCCGGCAUGAUCACCCUCAAGCAUUUGUACGAGAUUGCGGCAAUCAAGAUCCAGGAUCCGCCCAAUGCCCUGCUCACCAUGCAGCAAAUGUGUGAGAUGCUCAUCAGCAUUGCCCGCACCUGUGGCAUCAAGGUGGUCAGGGAAAUAGACCCGGCGGCCUAUGGCGAGUUCCUCGAGGAGCGCAAGACCAUUGUGGAGCAGCAGCGGCGCGAGUUGCAGGAGAAGCGGGAGGCCAAGAUGUUGCGCACGGGAUAGGUUUGCUAUUCUGCACACUGCUUUUAAUUGUUAAAAUACAUUUAUACUUAAAGUGAAAGAACUAA